AUGGUAGCAAUGUUUUAUCCACCCGCAGAAGAUGAUAUCACUAGUUCUGAAAGUCAAUUGAAUAAUAUUUUUGACUCUCCUUAUGGUAGUUUAAAAAUGACAGGGUUUGACGGUGCGUUCAACCCAGUGGAGAGAUUAAGAUUCUCAAAGAAGGAUAAAAGAGGAGAAAAACCUCCAAGCAUUGAUGAUUACGCAUUCUUUCAUGGUGAUCGGACUUUACGCAAUAAUUUUGUUCCUCAAAAGACGAAGAAUUACAGUAAUGUACGCUAUCGCUCAUCAGAAUUUGAGCGCCCAACUCUAGAAAGAAAUAUGAAUGGACUCAAGAGUGCUUCAGUUAGCGGCUGGUAUGACUUAGAUUUUACGGAGCACAGUGUGUUCGAUCAUGUUAGUUACUCUACCUCGGAUCUGAGCUCUUUUUCAGCUGAUGAUAAAGGUAUACCUCCCAAAUAUUCUAGUUCGUUGGGAACAUUUGAUGGUGACAGUGCUGUUACUCCUCACAUUUUGGUCGAAUCUAGAGCAUCUGCUCCACAAUUAAUUACUCCGGUAACUCCAGAUCAUCCGAAGAGUACCAAAGAGUACCAAUCUCUCAUGGCAAUGAACAUGAACAUGAAUAUGAAUGUGAACACGAACAGCAUGCAUAUAAACAAUAAAACUGAAUUCGGCAAUACUCAGAUUAACAAGAUGAACAAUUAUAAGUUUGAUCGGAACACAGCAAAUUUCGCUUUGUCCAAUGCCAGGUUCAGAUUUAACAGCACACCUAACCUAGGAUCUGUAUCUCCAUUAGAAAACCCGCAAAAUAUCGAUCUGCACAGAGGUAAUUAUCUCUAUGAUCUUGGCGAACAUAAUCAACACAACUUUACAAGUGCUACGACUACGGGCUACCAUGAAUGUCAUAACAAAUGCGAAAAGUCAGGGAGUUCCGAAGUAGAUGCAACUUCAUUGUCAUAUGAGGAGCUGAGGCAUUCCAUCAUCGAAAAGUUCACCUUCAGUAACUCGAAGGAAAAGGACGAGGAACUAGAUGAGAACAAUGAUGGUGUUGUGAACCAAUAUUAUACUGAAGAGCACUUGAACAACCAAGCAAUUUACCACGAUUCUGAUCAUUCAAAGACGUCCAUAUUACAACAAAUAAUGGAUGACAAACCGUUGUUGAAGGCCAUCAGCAAGAAACAGAAGAGAGGAGCUUAUAAGUGUGCUCAUUGUCCCAAGAUGUUCAACACGGUAUUUGAGUUUGCAAAACAUAUCGAUGAAUUCAAAGUAGAGCGUAAGUACAAAUGCCCAUUUCCGUUAUGUCCUUGGAAAAUAUUAGGGUUACCAAAGCUUCAAGAGCUCAAAAGACACUGCCUCAAUCAACAUAUCGAUGAGCUCACUCCUGAGCAGCAGUUCCUCAUUCACGGUAAAAAUGGAACGGUCUCAAAUGUAUACGAGUGCGAAUCUCCUUACUGUGACAAAAAGUUCCACAGAAAAGACUCUUACAGAAGACAUGUAAAGAUGGUUCACAAAAACCCAAAGAGUAGAUUCAAUAUUCGUCUGGGCAAGGCCAUUCGCUCAUGUCCAGACCAUCUGAGAGACAAUAUGCGAACCAGGGAACGCUAUUUGAUCGAGAAGAUGAACAACCGCCGCCGUUAA